GUGUUGUGACGCGCAUGCGCUGUUCUUACACUUCCACGUGCGAAUGGGAAGCGCAUUUCUCGCAAAUAUUCAUCUUUGCUAGUUCUGUGACAUAAUAAUUGAUAGCAGUUUUGUUCUUCUUGUUAGGUGGCAGUACGUUACAUCUUUAAUAAGCACGUGUUGUUGAGAUUUUCUUCAUUCUGUCGGAAUGUUUGUCUGUUUAACUUGAGCACGGAUGUCUGAAUACAAAACACCAGGCUCAUAGACAAGCUAAAUAAAAGCAAGAUUAAAAAAAGGACAAAAAACCCAAAACAUAAUGCCUAAAUCAGCAAAGAGUCCGACUAAAAUGGAACAUCAGAGUUCAGAUGAUGAAGAGGACGUUUUAGAGAUGGAGAGAAACUUUGCUUUACUUCGUAAAAGGAGUGCAAUGCAAACUUCAGCAGAGGAUGAAGAGGAGAUGAGAGAUGAAGCUGAACCUGAAGAGGACGAAGACAAUGGUGUGGAUGAUGAAGACGAAGAUGAGUCAGGGAGUGAUGAAGAUGAAGCAGAUAGUAACCCUGAAGAUGGAGUCAGCAAUGACACAUCACACACGGAGGGAAACCUAAAAAAAGAAUUGUCAACCAUGUCCUUUGAGGAAAUCAUGAAGCUACAGAAUAAAGUUGGAACAAAAGCGUACAAUAAAAUCGCUUACGGUGCCACAAAGACUCAGAGGAAAAACGAGCCCAUGAAACGACUAACUAAACACAAACCUCAAGAGAUUUCUGCAAAGAAACAUGUGCCUUUUCUCCGAAAAGUGGUUCCUGUUAAGAAAAGGAUUUCAAGGGACCCUCGCUUUGAUGACCUCUCGGGGGAAUACAAGCCUGAAAUUUUUAACAAGACGUACAAAUUCAUUAAUGUCAUCCGGGAAAAGGAAACAAAAAUAGUGAAGAAGAAACUCAAGAAAGCCAAAUCAGACUCUAAAAAGGAAGAAUUGAAAGCCUUGCUUAAAAGAAUGGAAAACCAGCAGAGGGCCCGACAAAGGGAAGAGCAGGAAAAAGAAAAGGAACUUCAGUUCAAGCGGAAACAGAGAGAGUUGGUUGGCCAGGGACACAAACCGUUCUACCUAAAGAAAUCUGACAGGAAGAAGCUGGAAUUGGCUGAGAAGUACAGCGAGCUGAAAAAGAGCGGGAAACUGGAGAACUUCUUGAGUAAGAAGAGGAAGCGUAACGCCACCAAAGAUCGCAAAAAGUUGCCCAAUCAGCACAAGAGACGCCAAGUAUGGACCAAUCCUGGCCCAUCUGUGGCACCUUGAGUUGUUUAUUUGUCUGAGUGUGACAAAAUGCAGAAGAAAGUCUGCUAAAAAAAGUAAAUCCUGCUGGACGAUGAUGUUAAAAGCAGACUUGGGAUGAUUCGAGUCGUACAUUUCACCUACAUUUGCAGAGUCAUGGAUUAAGACGUGUUUUCUUAACAGAUUCGACAUUUAAGAUGCUUAUCUUGAAUAUCCAUUUUCUUUUGUUGUUUAGUUACGUUUUGAACAUUUUCUAAAAAUAAAAUCUUAAAUGUA